AGCUAGUUACCUUUAUGACAAUUAGACCAAUCUACACUCAGAUAAUGGCUAAUUAAUAAACUGGUUUUGCAGGCAAACCAAGACAGUUUCCACCUGACAUGCCGUGAAGCCACACACGGUGACUACGACGCCGUCAUGAACAUGGCGUCAGUAGACACAUUCCGGGACGGGUUCGACUACCUGCCCGCCAAGUUUCACAAAUGGGUGGACGACCCAGACGUCAAACUGUUAGUAGCCGAAGCUGAUAACAAAAUGCUUGGCAUGUAUGUGAGCAUUAUAACCGAUGGCGGUGCAAGUCUGCUGAGCAAAACUAUCCGGAUAGCCCCAGAACUGCAGGGGAAGAAGUUCAUGACGAAACUGGUGGUAGGACUUCAUAAAGCUCUACAGCUGCGUUAUCCGGGGCUGCUGCAACUGGAGCAACGUAACCUGGUGGACGUCAAGCGUCCCUACCUUAAGAAAUACUUUUCGGACGUGAAGGACAUCUGUUUUAUAGAUGUCAUGUACUUCCAAGGCAAGUCUAACGAAGUGCUGGAUAGUUUACGUUUGGAAACCAAGGACGUUCUUCCAUCUCCUCCACACCCACCAGUGGUGCCCUACCAACCUUCCGACAUGGCGCGGCUGGCAAGGCCAGAGUUCUCCAAGCAGAUCCUAGUUGACAAUAAUAUUUUUGUAGAUUGGGACCCGUAUCAGCUCAGAGCCUCUAACUUACACUUGUUCUCAAAGCGGGGUGUCAUUAUUCUUGUCGACACUAGUGAGCCAACAGCUAAGAGUUUGAGUUUUGGUGGCAGUUAUAUGGCACCAAGGGGAAGAGUGUACCACGUAGAUGUACACUGUAGAGAUGUAGCUCUGUGUCAGGCUCAUAUCAAACACCAUGUAGGCAGAGCUUGUCAUGAGUACGAAGGGAUGAUCAAGUUCUGUGUAAUGCUGAUUGACCCGUCCCUGAAAACCACAAGCAAAACCCUUUGUGUGGAGAGGUUGGGCUUGGUUUACCUUCCCCACGACCACAGGUACUUGUAUUUCACAUUUAGUGUAUGAUGCCAGUUCUGUCGGAUGGAUCCUAGCAAGUCACGCCAUAAUUUGAAGAUGCCGAGAGACCAUGGGUAUAGUUUGUUACAUCAUCUUUUUAGACAACCUGCCCCAACUGCAUGAUGCAUCAUAGAGCAAGAAUAAAGGAUUAUUUGUUUUAAUAUGUUCUGUACUAAUUACUCUUACCACUUUUCAUGAUGAUGACUUAGA